GGGUCCGGAGGAGCGAUGGUCACCCGGGAUCGAGCCGAGAAUAGGGACGGCUCCAAGAUGCUGAAGCCGCUUGUGGAGAAGCGGCGCCGGGACCGCAUCAACCGCAGCCUGGAAGAACUGAGGCUGCUGCUGCUGGAGCGGACCCGAGACCAGAACCUCCGGAACCCGAAGCUGGAGAAAGCAGAGAUACUGGAGUUCGCCGUGGGCUACUUGAGGGAGCGAAGCCGGGUGGAGCCCCCGGGUGUUCCCCGGUCCCCAGCCCAGGACGCCGAGGCGCUCGCCAGCUGCUACUUGUCCGGCUUCCGCGAGUGCCUGCUUCGCCUGGCGGCCUUCGCGCACGACGCCAGCCCGGCCGCCCGAGCCCAGCUCUUCUCCGCGCUGCAAGGUUACCUGCGCCCCAAGCCACCUCGGCCGGAACCGGUAGAUCCGAGGCCCCAAGCGCCGCGCCAGCCGCUGGACCCCGCCGCCCCAGCGCCUGGUCCCGCGCUGCACCAGCGCCCCCCAGGGCACAAGGGCCUCCCUAGCCCGCGCUGCGCAUGGUCCCCGUCCCCCUGCUCCCCCCGAGCCGGGGAUUCCGGCUUGCCGGCCCCCCUCACCGGACUGCUGCCGCCGCCGCCGCCGCCGCCUCACAGACAAGACGGGGCGCCCAAGGCCCCGCCGCCCCCGCCGCCCGCUUUCUGGAGACCUUGGCCCUGA